AGCAUUCCAUUUGAUGCGAUCGGUUGCCCUCCAUUCCAGAAUUCUUGAGUUCGUUUCGCAUCAUUGUACAUCUUCCACUUCUCCAUCAUUGUCUUUAGUUGUAGUAUACUGCCCACCUCCAGAUAGUCGCCCAUGAUCGCUACUCUUCGGUAGUCCGCUCUUUAUUCACAACAACUUCAUCAAACUCUCUUGAUUGCCAGUCAACCGCUGCAGAAUGAGCGCCUCCGCCAGUGUCGCUCGUCGGGCGGCGAUUGCCAACCCUCUCCUGGGCAACGCGCGUGCGCUGUCUAGCCUCGGUGUUUCGUCAGCUGUGCUCGGCCGAAACGCAAGACAUCUUCCUCGACGAGUUAACGCCCUCGCCCUCCUUGUACCUGUCCGUCAUCUGGGUACCGACCACCACAACCACGGCCAGUCCUCCGGUCCGCCGCCGGGCUUCAAUGUCGAAGCGGCUAAGAAGCCCCUGCCCAAGGAAAGCACCCCAGCGGCGAAGAGCGACUCAAAGGCUGCCGCCGAAUCCAAAGAUGCAGCUGAGAGCGAGAGCAAGUCAUCCAAGGAUGCCGCGGCAGCAGACAAGGCUGAGACCGACGCAUCAUUGUCGGAACUAGCGGCCGCGAAGGGAACCUCUGCAGAUGCCGAAAAGACCGCCAAGGAGAAAUUGACAGUUUGGCAAAAGGUCAAGAAGGAAGCUCACCAUUACUGGGACGGAACGAAGUUGCUCGCCACAGAAGUCAAGAUCAGCACUCGGCUUGCCUUGAAGAUGGCCGCUGGCUACGAACUCAGUCGGAGAGAGAACCGCCAGUUGCAACGUACUGUCCAGGAUCUUGGACGCCUUGUACCUUUCUCUGUCUUCGUCAUUGUCCCUUUCGCUGAGCUUCUGCUUCCAGUGGCUCUCCGCCUGUUCCCCAACAUGCUGCCAAGCACAUACGAGGGACAAAAGUCAAGAGACGCCAAGGCGACGAUCCUCAGAACGACGCGCAAAGAAGUCAGCCAGUUCUUGCGGUCCAGUCUUAAAGAGACUGGUUUGCCGUUGACUCCGGCAACGACUCAGAGUGAGGCAUUUACCACAUUCUUCCGGAAACUUAGAUCCUCCGGCGAGUCGCCCACCCGCGAGGACAUCAUCAAGGUCUGCAAGAUCUUCAAGGAUGACUUGACCCUGGACAACCUCUCCAGACCCCAGUUGGUUUCCAUGUGCAGAUACAUGAACCUCAAUACCUUCGGUACCGACAACAUGUUGCGGUACCAGGUCCGUCACCGCAUGCGCCAGAUCAAGCGCGACGACAGACAGAUUAGCUACGAGGGUGUUGACAGUCUCAGCGUCGGUGAACUGCAGAUGGCUUGCGCCAGCCGCGGUAUCCGCACAGCGAGCGUCUCUCCCGCGAGAAUGCGCGAGUACCUUCAGCAGUGGCUUGACCUCAGACUGAAGGACGGCGUCCCCUCCACUCUGUUGGUUCUGAGCAACGCCUACAUGUAUGGACAGGUGGCUGCACACAGCCAGAUCGAGGCCCUCGUCGGUGUUCUCUCGUCUAUCCCCGAUGAGCUGUUCCACGAGAUCUCCCUCGAGGUGUCAAGCGCUGAGGGCGCCGCUACCAACAAGCAGCGCCUGGAGGUUCUCAAGGAGCAGCAGGAGCUCAUCGAUGAGGAGAACAGCCAGAACGAGGAGAACGCGAGCUCUGGUUUUGCCACCCCUCGCGAUAUUGACAACAUUGACGAGAAGGAAGAAAGCCAGUCUGCGGAUGCUCAAGCUGCUACGUCUACCCAGGCCAAGGAAGCCAAGGAGGCCGAGCAGGAGAUGCUGAUUGCCAGAGAUGGAAAGGCGCAGGUUGAGAAGGCGGAGAAGAGCGACAAAUAAAGCGCUCGCAGCUGUAGACAAACAUUAUCUUUUUCUUUGUUAGACGUGUAUGGCAUAAGGCUGGGUAGCGUGUACUAAAAGAAGAGGGUUCACAACACCCCUAGGGAACAUCACAGGGCACUAGAAAGAUCCAUCUCAGGAAGCAAAUAGAUUCCACUACUGUAUAAUGGUGGCCGUUGUAUGCGUUGCUAGCAAACCUUCCCCC